AUGGACCACUUCCUCGAAGGCGAUACGGCUCUACACUCGUGGGAGGUGCUCGCCAAGAUCCUCGAAUCGGAGGAGGCGGAAGAUAUCGUGUGCGACAUUGGAAUGCCUGUCAUGCACAAGAAUGUGAUCUAUAACUGCCGUAUCAUAAUUCACAACAAGAAUAUCCUCCUCAUUCGCCCCAAGAUGUGGUUGGCAAACGAUGGAAACUAUCGUGAACUGAGGUUCUUCACUCCCUGGAUGAAACACAGGCAAGUCGAGGACCACUAUCUUCCGAGGAUAAUACAUGCUGUCACGGGUCAGACCAAGGUGCCUUUCGGUGAUGCCGUCGUCAGCACUGUAGAUACAUGCAUUGGUGUCGAGCUAUGUGAAGAACUGUUCACACCCGGCAGUCCUCAUGUUCUGAUGGGCCUGGAUGGAGUUGAGGUUUUCACUAACUCUAGCGGCAGUCAUCACGAACUUCGCAAGCUCUACAGGCGAGUUGAACUCAUCAAGGAGGCGACGAUGAAGCUGGGAGGUAUCUAUUUAUAUGCCAACCAGCAGGGGUGCGACGGUGACCGGCUGUACUACGACGGUUGCGCAAUGAUUGCAGUCAACGGGCGCGUCGUGGCUCAAGGUUCCCAAUUCUCCUUGCAGGACGUCGAGGUCGUCACUGCCACGAUCGACCUCGAGGAUGUCCGUUCCCACAGGGCUGUCAGCAGCCGGAGUAUGCAGGCAGCAGGUGCAGAGCGCUAUCAGCGUAUUGAAGUCGAUUUUGCACUUUCCGAUGGUGAGUUCUUCAAGGAGAAAGAUCCGUAUGAUCUCGUUAUUAGCCCGGCGUAUGAGGUCAGAUAUCACAAGCCGGAAGAGGAGAUUGCCCUCGGACCGGCAUGCUGGCUUUGGGAUUACCUGCGACGCUCGCGGACACAGGGGUACUUUGUUCCCCUCAGUGGUGGCAUCGAUAGUUGCGCGACUUCGGUCAUCGUAUAUUCGAUGUGCAGACUUGUCGCUGAGGCGGCGAGCAAAGGAGACAAGCAAGUUAUUUCUGAUGCUCGACGCAUCGCCGGGGAGCCCGAGGACUCGACCUACGUCCCAAUCGAUGCUCGGGAGUUCACAAAUAGAAUCUUCCACACAUGCUACAUGGGCACUGAGAAUUCGAGUGUAGAGACAAGGCAAAGGGCAAAGGACUUGGCUCAAGCAGUAGGCAGUUAUCACACCGAUCUGAAUAUGGACACGUUGGUCAGCGCGGUCCGCAGCCUUUUCUCUUUCGUGACAGGCAUGAAGCCCCAGUAUCGCAUCCACGGAGGUUCUGCAGCGGAGAAUCUUGCGUUGCAGAACAUUCAGGCGCGGCUACGUAUGUUGCUUGCCUACUUGUUUGCUCAACUGCUUCCCUGGGUUAGAGGACGGACUGGUGGUCUCCUGGUCCUCGGCAGUGCCAACGUAGACGAGAGUUUGCGAGGCUACUUUACGAAGUAUGACUGCUCAUCUGCGGACAUCAAUCCCAUCGGUGCGAUUAGUAAGACCGACCUGAAGAGGUUCAUCGCCUAUGCACGGGAUGCAUUCGAUCUUCCUAUCUUGACAAACUUCCUCGAGGCUGUUCCGACGGCUGAGUUGGAACCCAUCACGGAGACCUACGUUCAAGCUGAUGAGGCUGAUAUGGGCAUGACCUACGAUGAACUCUCAGUUUUCGGGCGGCUGCGGAAGGUCGAGAAAUGUGGGCCGUACAGCAUGUUCACGAAGCUGGUGCAUGAAUGGGGCUCCAUUCUCUCCCCCGUGCAGAUCGCGGACAAAGUCAAGCAUUUCUUCUUCGAGUAUGCAAGGAACCGACAUAAGAUGACAACGUUGACACCGUCGUACCAUGCUGAGCAAUACAGUCCGGACGACAACAGGUUCGACUUGCGUCCCUUCCUUUAUCCAUCGCGCUUCCCGUGGCAAUUCAAGAAGAUCGAUGAACUGGCAGCGAAGCUACCUGACCGUUCCAGUGAUUCGGAUACAAUCAAGUCGAAGCCAGAGUGA